AUGGCCCACAAUGGCGCAGUGCCCGAACUUCCUGACCUGAAACUCUAUCAAUCCGCAAUCGAACAGCGCGCCGCGGGUCAGACGCUUAGGAAGCUGCGGAUAGCCAGCCCUUUUGUGUUGCGUACCGUCGCCCCAGCCGGCACCGCGUUUGUCGAUCACCCGCUUCAAGCAGUUGAACGCAUUGGCAAGCAACUUGUCUUGGUAUUCGCAGAGGAGCUCUUUGCAGUGGUUCAUCUGAUGAUCUCGGGCCGCUUUCAGUGGGUGGCUGCUGGGGCUGGGAUCCCUAGGGGUCGGGGACUGGCAGCUUGGGAUUUUGAUCACGGAACUCUGCUGCUGACAGAAGCGAGUAAGAAGAAGCGAGCUUCCAUUCACUUGGUUGAGAGGCGUGAUGGGCUUGCCGGAUUUGAUCGGGGUGGACUGGACCCGCUGACAGUUGGUCUUGACCGGUUCCGCGACCAGCUUUGCGGUCGAAAUCAGACGCUCAAGCGUGCUCUGACUGAUCAACGCUUGCUGGCGGGAAUCGGCAACGCAUACUCAGACGAAAUCUUGUGGGCAGCUCGUUUGUCCCCCUACAAGAACACGACAAAGUUAAGCGAUGCCGAGUGGGCGCAGCUGCAUGGCGCGAUGCAGUCUACCCUGACACAGUGGAGCGAAUGGUUACUCACUCAGCACCGUGACCAAUGGCCAAAGAAGGUGACUGCGUUUCUUCCCGAUAUGGCCGUGCAUGGUAAGUACGGUGAGGCCUGUCCUAAGUGCAGCGCUCCGGUCCAACGCAUCAUGUACGCUGGCAAGAACGAUGCGAACUACUGCGCCGGCUGCCAGACCGGGGGCAAGAUUCUCGCGGAUAGGAUGCUUUCGCGGUUGCUGAAAGAUUCCUGGCCAAAGACCCUGGCUGAGCUGGAGUAG